CGAAAAUGCCCCAAAAAGUCCGAUUCCAACGUUAGUUUUUCGAAAUUGUAGUGCUGUCGUGGCCAAAUUUAGGUUUGAGCGGUUGAGUGGUGUGGUCGUUUGGCGUCUGGGCGCGAAAGAAAGGUUGCCCACUCCACCAACCUCCCAUCCUCGACCUCCCUUCCUCAUCCUCCAGCAUCUCCAUCUCCAACGUUCCUCCCAAUUCCGCCCUCCCCAUCGCUAGCAUCGCCCAAGCCAUACCCAUGCCUCCAUUUUUCGACCGAGUCCAAUUUCACGAUGCCCUGCAAAACCAAGCCAUCCCCGUCCUCGAAGCACUUGUUGCCAACGGCAAUCUGCACAACCGUUCGUUCAGACGCUUCGAGCGCGAGGAUCCUCCGCCCUACGCAUCGUCAACUGAGUCGGAAGAGUUCAGCGAUGAUGUCCUUGCGCCACCACCACCAUGCAGCGAGCUACCAGGAGAGCUGAAAGCCAUCAUGGAGCAACCGAUCAACGACGAUGAAAUGAAGGAUCUUGCAUGCGACAUGGGAUCCAUCCUAGACCCUGUCGAUUUCUAUCACACAGAAGCGAAGAGAGAGGAAAGCCGGGUAGAAGAAUACCGCUCGAACAAGAUAUUUGGAGGAGUUGAGGGCUCUCGGCGAUGUGGCGUCCUCGUUCGUCACAAUGUCAAGCGCCGCUGGGAAAAACUUGGUAUCUGGAAUCCUGAGUGGGGGUUUGCCGGGCGCAACGUGCAGCCCAAUGACGACGCCUAUAGGUGGAAGUGGAGGUGGGACCAACAAGCUGUCGAUGAUUCCGAGUCUGCUGGCUACGCGGAGCAGCUCGUUGCACGCGCCCUACGCCUACGCCAGAAUCUGCGCCGUGGUGAGAAAGCCCCCGUGCUCCCACAGUCUUGCCUCGAACAAGAUGCGACUGCUUCCCAAGCCGAGUCAUUCAUCAUCUCUAGGCCUUGGUUCAUCUUUCGGAUUGAAUUAGCCGAAGAAAGGACGAGGUACGAUCGCCUCUCUGUCGAUGAAAAAAGGCGCUAUCCGCACUCGGCCCGGAAGCAAGUCAUCAAGUGGUGGAAGGAGCGUGGAGACUGGAAGGAGGAGUUCGAUAGGAAGAACAGGGUUACUUCCUGGAAAUGGCGGCACGAGUCUCCCUCCCCAGAGCCCGAGGAUCUCACAUCCAUCAAUAACAUGAAAGACAGUCCGUUGGACACUACGGACAUGGACUUCACUCCCUCCGAGAUCGAUGAUCUAGAGACCAUUGAGCUUCCGAGUUGCGACCAACCGAAGGGAUUCUGGACCAUAAGGCGGAAGGACUCAGGCCUGCGGGCCCCUUUUCCUGGACAGCUUCUAGAACCUUUCCAACCGCCCCUCCCGACUCCCGGGUCUCUUCUCUACGUACCCCCAGGAUCACUACCCGGGCGUUCUAUCUUCGAGAAGACACCAUCAGAAAAGGAGCAUGACGAAGACUCGCCACAAGAGCUGGAACAGAACCCACCAGAGCCACAACGAGACACUACCAGCCCCCCACCGCAGAAGCCACGGCGUCAGCGCCAGCGCCAACCGCACAGGACGGAAAGUGCCCAGAAUCGGGACCAGCCCCCACCACUACCUCGAUGCAGUGCCAGGAUCGCAGGCAUGAAACGCCCCGCCGAGCCACUGCCUUCGCAGGCGACGUCAAACAAGAAACCCAGGGGCAGAGCAGCACCAAAGGCUGCAGCGCCUGCCGCUCAGCCUACCACGCGGGAGACUCGGCGCAGGAAGACAAGGCCCGUCCAAGCGCGUCCACCAAAGAUCGAGACGGAGACUCGACACCAGCGAGGACGGGGACGCCCAAGAAAGGAGAAUGGGCCAGGCACGCGUUCUGUCGUGGCGAAGAAAAAAGCAGCGAGGACACCCGCUCUAGCUGGGCCCGGGAGAGGAGGGCCGGCGGCAACGGGCACGCCAGCGGGGCCUCGGGGACGGGGGAGACCGAGGAAAAGUGAAUGAUAUGAAUGGAUGGUACUGUACAUUCGGCGCUGGAGACCAAGAUGAAGAGCCGGCAGCCCAGCCACCCAAAAUAAAUUUCCAUGCCGCACGUUAAUCGAAUCUCUGGAAAAGCUCGCCAGGUCCGCCUCCACCGUGCUGAGAGAUCAGUCACUCAGCUCGUAGCCGAUGGAGGAGAGGGAGGAGGAGGAUGGUUGGGAGGCUUUUUCUACCCUGGGAUUUGGCACCUCGGCCAAAAGUGGCCUCCUUCUGACCUGUCUAAAUUUUGCAUACUUGAAUUAGCAGAUUGAAUAUAGCCCGCUGUCAUUAAUCGAAUCGAAUCUCCUUGCUGUCACCUGCUAAAACAAAAAGUUGUUGCAAUUCAAUCAAGAUAUAUAAAAUGAC